CAUGAUUUCAGGGACAGCUGUUUUUUUAGAAUAUUAAGCAUUGAUUUUUAAAACAUUUCAUAUUUGUCUGUGUACCAAUUUAUUGUCAGGGUGUAACUUUUAAUGCAUUGGGAAGAAAUGGGAAUCUUUACAGCAUUUUCCUUGUUUUGUGUAAAUAUGCUGUGUUUAUUUGCACUCUUAUUUCCAACAGUGUUAUUUUCUUUAUUGGUUUACAUUCAUCCUUGUACAUACAGAUUGAGAUAAGACCUAAGGUUCUCUCGCUUCCUUCCUACAUCCUUCCUGGAAGUUCACUUUUAUCAUUGUCACAAGUGGUUAGAGAGGGGGGAGAGAGAAGAAAGAAGUUACACUGCACUCAGUUCACAUUUUAAGAAUAAUCAAGUCUUCAUAAAAUUUCUGUAGAUCCAAGUGUUUUAAAAGACAAGGACAUGUAUUAUUUGGGACACUUUUCCCUUGAUUAGAUCAACACAAGUUCUCUGUUCCCAGGCCCUUUGCUGUGUAAGCACCCAUUUAAGAUAAACCACGCCAUCAACAUCUCCAUCAUGAAUGGCUUUUUUGAUUUUGCCCGUAAAGAGGGCUUUCCUACACAAUUCCCUGCAAACAAAACUGCAGUUACUGUGGAUGUUCUUGAAGCAGGUUUGAUCUUGGCAUCUGUGAUGCUGAUACUUUGUUUCUACAUGAUCAUUCCAGGUUUCAGGAGAAAAUAUCAACCUGUUAUUUUUGUGCGAGUGACAUUGAGUCUACUUAUUGGUGCCAUAUUGAUUACCAGUAACUUUGGACAAGCUUGGGAAGUUGGUGAAAUUACUACACACACAUCAUACAAAGCAGGAGCAAAAGAGGAAAUCCUUGCAACUGUCGGUGUCAGACUUGGACUACGUUCAGUAAAUGUCACCCUGUUGCAAACAGAAGAUAAAAAGAAUAGCAAGUUGCCAGGAGAAAAGAUUGACUACAAUGAAAGAUUCUGGUGGACAUGGGAUCAAGGACUUUUUGGCUUUGGGCCAUAUGCUGGUGUACUGCAGCAAAGUUUUAGACAAGCUCAAAAUCGUGGUCUGCCACUGCCAAUCCUAUGGGUAGUUGACUACUUCACUAUGGAUGGAGAAGGUCUUCGGUAUGGACGUCAUUAUCGUACUGCAGGCUGGUAUGCUCACAUUGCAAUGUGGGCUGCCUUUCCAUGUUGGCUUCUGGCAAACGUUUUGUUCAUAUCAGUAAUUCGAUAUGGAGCAUAUUUUUCUGCCCUAACAGGUGCAUUACAAUUACUAGCCUGUCUUUUGUGGGUAGUUGUCAGGAACCCAAAUCCAUUAAUAAUACCAUUUGAAGCUGGUAAUAUUACCACCAAGUAUGGGAUACAUUUCUGGCUCACACUCAUAUCAGGUACAGCAUGUGUCAUAAUUGGAAUUGUGAUCGUGUUUUUUGAUCUGCGGUACCCAGAUGAUAUUGCUCUUUUCUUUGGGAUAGAUCCACUUGCAGAUUAUGAAGAAUAUCACUUAACUGCCAGUGAAUUAGCAGUUGUACGCCAGAAAGUUUAUUCAGAAGUUGUACGCCAGAAAGUUUAUUCAGAUAUUGGAAUGGUUGAAUUUGCAAAUCCUGAUGUGCCAGAUACUGAUAAAACACAGCCAGCUACUCGGUGUGUAUUGAAGAGGCGGACAACAGUUAGAGUGGCUCAGAAAUCCCUGUUUCGAAAACCAACAACUACUGCUGAGGAUGAAAAUGAAAUACCACUUUAUCUUAAUGUUCCUCGUCAAGGCUGAACAUUUAUCAUGAGUGUCAGAGUAACUAUCAAGAAUUGGUUCAGUCUCUCAUCUGUGCCACAGUUGCCUCUUUUAGAGUGCAGUGGCUGACUACCCCAAUACAGCUUCCUUCCAGGUACAGAAACACACUAAAAGAUAACACAGCAAUUCACAGCCAACCCAACUGCUUGCAGAAUAAAAUGAACUGUUGCACAAUUAUGGCAAGUGAUAAAAUCUCUAUUCAAAGACUUUCAUUCACGAGUUGCUGGAGGUUGCUACCGGAUUUGACACCAACAGCAAACAGCAUACUGACUCACGUGCACCUGAGCUGGACAUCACUCCUAAGAUAUCAUACAGCUGUCUUCACAGUUUUGAUACUGAAGCUACAGUCAUAUUCCUCUUAUUUUGCAGAAUUAAUAAUAGGAAAUUUGAUGAUAAACCAUAUAAUUCUGAAGUAAUGUAUACCAAGCAGUAUAUGUAAAGACUACUUACAUCACCUUCACAUACAGGUAAAUAAAUUUUCUUAAUAAUAAUAUAUUUUUAUUUCGAGUUUUCAACUUAAAAAUACAGUAAACAGAAUGUAAUUAUUGAUGCUUUUCACUUUAUCACUGUUAAGAAGGCAACUGAAACCAGCUGAGACAUUGAUCAUCAGAAGUAUGCUAGAAAUCCAAAUAUUGUCACAUAGUUAAAAAUAUAUACUAGCAGAAUAAGUUAUGGUAUUAUGUUUGGAUUUGGUUGUUCUUUUUAUAAUGAAUGUGGAAUCCAAUUGUACAUAUUGAAUGACACUCCACAUUGAACUCCAACACAGAUAAAAAUGAAAUUAUUACUGUUAGAAUUAAUGUAGCAUAAGAAUUACAAGGAUAUGAAAUUAA